UCGAGUGUCCAGAGUGCGCAGAGUCCCCGAGCCGCGAAGGGUGCAAGCAGCAGCCACGAUGUGCGGAAUCUUCGCCUACAUGAACUACAGAGUGCCCCGGACCAGGAAGGAGAUUUUCGAAACCCUCAUCAAGGGCCUGCAGAGGCUUGAGUACAGAGGCUAUGACUCGGCAGGUGUGGCGAUCGAUGGAAAUAAUAACGAAGUCAAAGAAAGACAUAUCCAGCUGGUCAAGAAAAGAGGAAACGUCAAGGCUCUCGAUGAAGAACUUUACAAACAAGACAGCAUGGACUUGAAGGUGGAGUUUGAGACCCACUUUGGCAUUGCCCACACACGCUGGGCCACUCAUGGGGUCCCCAGUGCUGUCAACAGCCAUCCACAGCACUCGGACAAAGGCAACGAAUUCGUUGUCAUCCAUAAUGGGAUCAUCACAAAUUACAAAGACCUGAGGAAAUUUCUGGAAAGCAAAGGCUAUGAGUUUGAGUCAGAAACUGACACUGAGACCAUCGCCAAGCUGAUUAAAUAUGUGUUUGACAACAGAGAGACUGAGGACAUUACGUUUUCAACAUUGGUCGAAAGAGUCAUUCAGCAGCUGGAAGGUGCAUUUGCAUUGGUUUUCAAGAGCAUCCACUACCCGGGAGAAGCUGUUGCCACCAGGAGAGGCAGCCCCCUGCUCAUUGGAGUGCGGAGCAAAUACAAGCUCUCCACAGAACAGAUCCCCAUCCUGUACAGGACACGCAAUUUCGAGAAUGUGAAGAAUAUCUGCAAAACAAGAAUGAAGAGGCUGGACAGCUCGACCUGCCUUCAUGCUGUGGGCGAUAAAGCAGUGGAAUUCUUCUUUGCUUCCGAUGCAAGCGCUAUCAUAGAACACACCAACCGAGUCAUCUUCCUCGAGGAUGACGACAUCGCCGCAGUGGCUGAUGGGAAACUCUCCAUUCACCGGGUCAAGCGUUCAGCUAGUGAUGACCCAUCUCGAGCCAUCCAGACCUUGCAGAUGGAACUGCAGCAAAUCAUGAAAGGCAACUUCAGUGCGUUUAUGCAGAAGGAGAUCUUUGAACAGCCCGAAUCAGUUUUCAAUACCAUGAGAGGUCGGGUGAAUUUUGAGACCAACACAGUGCUCCUGGGCGGCUUGAAGGACCACUUGAAGGAGAUUCGACGGUGCCGACGGCUCAUCGUGAUUGGUUGCGGAACCAGCUACCACGCGGCUGUGGCCACACGACAAGUUUUGGAGGAACUGACUGAACUCCCUGUGAUGGUUGAACUCGCCAGCGAUUUUCUGGACAGGAACACACCUGUAUUCAGGGAUGAUGUCUGCUUUUUCAUAAGUCAGUCAGGUGAGACUGCAGACACCCUCCUGGCAUUGCGCUACUGUAAGGACAGCGGGGCCCUGACCGUGGGCGUCACCAACACCGUGGGCAGCUCCAUCUCCCGAGAGACCGACUGCGGUGUGCACAUCAAUGCGGCGGAGAUUGGCGUGGCCAGCACCAAGGCUUAUACCAGUCAGUUCAUCUCCCUGGUGAUGUUUGGUUUGAUGAUGUCUGAAGACCGAAUUUCACUGCAAAACAGAAGGCGAGAGAUCAUCCAUGGUUUACAGUCUUUACCUGGGCUGAUCAAGGAAGUGCUGUUGCUGGACGAAAAGAUUCAUGACCUGGCCCUGGAGCUCUACACCCAGAGAUCGCUCCUGGUCAUGGGACGCGGCUAUAACUACGCCACAUGCCUGGAAGGAGCCCUGAAAAUUAAAGAGAUAACCUAUAUGCACUCAGAAGGCAUCCUGGCGGGGGAGCUGAAGCACGGACCCUUGGCACUGAUCGACAAGCAGAUGCCCGUCAUCAUGGUCAUCAUGAAGGACCCUUGCUUUGCCAAAUGCCAGAAUGCCCUGCAGCAGGUCACGGCCCGCCAGGGUCGCCCGAUUAUACUGUGCUCCCGGGAUGACACCGAGAGUUCUAAGUUUGCAUACAAGACUAUCGAGCUGCCCCACACGGUGGACUGCCUCCAGGGCAUCCUGAGCGUGAUUCCGCUGCAGCUCCUGUCCUUCCACCUGGCUGUUCUCCGAGGAUAUGACGUCGACUUCCCCAGAAACCUGGCCAAGUCUGUAACGGUGGAAUAGAGAACAAGAGCCCGAGGAGGCCUGUCCCACUGCCGCCAAGUGGGGAGAACAGCAGGCGUUCUGUGUGUUCCGAGUAGAUCCCAGUAGAACUUGACAAGCUUUCACGUGCCUUGUACCCAAGUGCUUUGCUCACAGCAGAUACUGUUUCUCUGUGUCCUGAAGUCGCCAGAGGAGAAGGGAAUCAUUGUUUACACAUGGGGAUCAGAGCGGACUUUUCCACUACUGUGCAAUAGAGACACAGCUCUCUUCAGAGUAACUGUGAACCUUUUUUAACCAACACUAGUUAGUUUUGAGAGACAAAAUAUUUAUAAUGAUGAUUGUAUAGCUUUUAAGUUAUUUUUCUAGUAUGUGGCUUUCUGUAGCCGACGUAAUGCCCAGACCAUGCACCCCAGCCUCCUGGCAGAGGGCAGUCAUCUCAGAUUUGAGCACAAGGCAUUGCCCCCUCCCCCAAAAUCUCAAUGUCCUUCGACAGAUUCUUCUCCUAUAAAUCCCUCUGACUCUCCAACUUCUGUUAAAUCUGCUUAUGGUUCUUUUUAAGCCCAGGCAGCAUUUUUGGUCCCU